UAGCCCGUGGAUGGAAGCAAGCAACACCCACUAUCACACGAGGCUACCCACGUCCACUUUCACCUCCUCUGUAAGAGAUCAAUCUCGCGCCUCCGGUUGGGAGCAAAACCCUUGUUUGGAGACAACCUUGUUGGGUUAUCAACGACAUCAUCGAAGAGGGAAAUAUGGGUCUAAUUGGACGAAUCUGUUGCUUCUCCCUCAUGCGUUCGCCAUCCAAAUCCACCAAUCACCCAGAGGAUUUUCAGCCGGAAAUCAUUGGCGCGGAUGAAGAAGAUUUUCAGCCACCGCCUGAAAUCACGAUGGGCGCCGGAGAAGAAGAGUCUCAGCCAGUACCACUGCCGAACCUGCCGCCGGAAAUCACGUUCGAGAUACUGUCCAGGCUAACCGUCAAGUCGCUGCUGCGAUUGAGGUGCGUUUGCAAGUCAUGGCGUUCUUUGAUUUCUGGACGCGAAUUCGCGAAAACCCAUCUCAGUCUAGCAUCAUCUAUUGACACCGAUUACGCCCACCAUAGACUCUUGAUAACCAGUCCAUUUGCCGUUGUCAUGUCGUGUUCUCUUUACUCUAUUUUGGACGAGCAUUCUGAUACUGAUGUUGUUGAACUUGAUUACCCUCUGUAUGGUGACGGCUGUGGUGGACAUCUAGGAGUAAGGGUCUUAGGAUGUUGUGAUGGGUUAGUGUGCGUCGAAACUAAAAGUACAUUAUGCUUAUGGAACCCGUCAACUAGGAAAUCCAAGAGAUUGCCUAGUGUUAAUCUGCCGCACGGUCAUGGAGUAGUCUAUGGGUUUGGUUAUGACUCCUCUAUUGAUGAUUACAAAGUGGUGGGAUUCCUUUAUGGGCAUAGUGGUAUUGAUUUUGAAGUCAAAGUGUAUACGUUGAGGACUGAUUCGUGGAGAAGGAUUGGAGACUUUCCUUAUGGUGAUCUUCCUUAUCGACAUAGUUCAGGGGUAUUUGUCAACGCGGCCCUCCAUUGGAAUGUGGGCGGGGAGCCCAAUGGGAUUAUUGUUUCUCUUGAUUUGGCGAAGGAGACCUAUGGAGAGAUUUUGAAACCUGAGUAUCGAGAUGGUCGUUUGUAUGAGACAUUGUGUGAUUUCAAUGGAUGCCUGUGUGAACUCUAUGACUACCGCAUUUGUGCUCAUGUGUGGGUGAUGAAGGAAUAUGGAAUUAGAGAUUCUUGGACCAAGUUGGCCGUGGUACCUUAUGUGACUAGAGUAUCGAAUUUACAAUAUACCAUGCCAUUUUCCAUUUUUAAGAAUGGUGAAGUUUUAUUGUAUACCCGUAAGCAUUUAGUUCGCUACAAUCCAAAAGAUGGCACAUUUAUCUAUCCUACGUGUCCUAUUGAUUUAGCGUCUUCUAUUUUGCAUCCCUACAUUGAGAGCCUAGUCUCGGUUGACAUGGAUGCUGACAAAGGGGUUCCAUGUGCACCAAUACUAAAGGGAAUAAAGGAACUGUGAAUGGGAUGUGAUUAUAUUGUAGUUCUCGUGGAGUGAAGAUUUAUACUUGCUUUGUGUAAAAAAAUGGGUUGUGAUGACAGGCAAUGCUCAUUUAUUUGUUUUUGCAAUGUUAGCGUUGCACAGCUUUGGAGGGUUACCUAUGGGAUGGCUCUUUUGGGAACUUUUAUUUGUGUAAUUGUGGCUUGUCCACUCUCUUCAAUGGUUAACAAAGUUAUUUUGCUUC